AUGGUUGCCGAUACAGUUUAUUACGAUGCGCUAGGCGUCAAGCCAGAUGCCUCGGAAUUGGAGAUCAAGAAGGCAUAUCGCAAGAUGGCAAUCGUCACACAUCCCGAUAAAAACCCUGGCGACGAGACCGCACAUGCGAGGUUCCAAACCGUCGGUGAAGCCUACCAAGUGCUCAGCAACACUGACCUGCGGAAAGCAUACGACAAAUAUGGAAAAGAUCAUGCCCUGCCGCAAGAAGGGUUCGCUGAUCCUGCGGAGUUCUUCGGCACCAUCUUUGGAGGGGAAGCGUUCGUAGAUCUUAUCGGCGAGAUCUCGCUCAUGAAAGAUCUUACCCGAACAAUGGAUAUCACGAUGCAGGAACAACAGGCAGAAGAGGAGUUCCCUGGAGAGGAGGCCGCGAAACAAGAAAGUCUAACGGAGGAGCAGGCGAGACAAGCGGCUGCAGCGACUACAACUGGGGAAAGUUCACAUGCUGUGCCGGGCCCAUCGGUCGCGGACGCGGCGGAAGGGGAUUAUAAAGGGGAUUAUAUCCCACCGGCUUCUACGCCAUUUGAGAAGCCUACUGGUACCGCUGCCGCCACUCCGAGUCCGGUUGGGUCUGGAACGUCUACUCCAAGAAGGACGGGCAUCCCUAUGCGCCAGGCGAUUAUGGACAAGACGGAGGAAGACGCACAGAUGUCUGCUGCGGGGUUGACUGAAGAGGAGAAAGAACUGCGGAAGAAGGACAAAAAGAAGGGCGGGUUGACGAAAGCCCAGCGCGAGGAGCUUGCGGAAUAUGAGAGAGAGCGAGCUCGUAUACGAAAGGAGAGAGUGGACACCCUAGCAAAGAAGUUGGUCGACCGAAUCAGCAUAUGGACCGAAACUGAUAAGGGCCGCGAUGUCACGGAAGCCUUCCAAGAAAAGACCCGGCUGGAGGUCGAGAAUCUGAAGAUGGAAUCAUUUGGGCUUGAUAUUCUACACGCGAUUGGACAGACUUAUAUGCAAAAGGCUACAGCCUUGUUGAAAUCCCAAAAGUUUCUCGGUAUCGGCGGUUUCUUCUCGAGACUGAAGGACAAGGGAACGCUGGCAAAAGAGACCUGGAACACAAUUUCUAGUGCGAUCGAUGCGCAGAUGACGAUGGAAGAAAUGGCAAAGGCUGAGGAGAAGGGAGGAGAAGACUGGACUGACGAAAAGAAAGUCGAGUACGAGCGUCGCGUAACAGGAAAGAUAUUAACUGCCGCGUGGCGUGGAAGCAAGUUCGAGAUUCAGAGCGUGUUGCGAGAUGUGUGCGAUGAGAUCCUGAACGACAAGAAGGUACCUAUGUCAAAGAGGCUGGAGCGUGCCCAGGCGCUCGUAAUCUCUGGCGAGAUUUAUUCAAAGGCGCAACGCAACCCAGAGGAGGAAGGCGACUACAUGGCCUUCGAGCAACUCGUUGCCGAGGCUGCAGCGAAGAAGGAGAAAGAUGGCAAGAAGAAGGGCAAGAAAGGAUCUGAUGAUGGGAAGCAUCACCAUCACCAUGCUGCUACGGCCGAGGAGACUGCGGCCGAUGCGCCUAAUGUGCCCAAGUCUUAA